AUGGCGACUCUUCUGCAACGUCGAAGACUGAAACAAACCCUUCAGCAACAGCUUGAUUCCACCAACGGCGACCUCAAAGCUCUGCCAUGCGUCCUUGCAUCCGAAACACAAACCUACAAUGGCCGAGAAUACACGAUAGUUCAGUGGGAUGGUCCCGAUGAUCCUCAGAAUCCGCGCAACUGGCCAUCAUCUCGCAAAUGGUUUGCAACAUUUCUAGUUGCUCUACUGGCUGGCUUGGUCGGUGCCUGUGCACCGAUAGAUUCUCCGAUUUUCCCUCAAGCAGCAAAGCAAUUCGGCGUCAGUGAAGUCUCUGAAUCGCUCUCCGUCGGUAUCUUUUUGAUUGGCUUCGGAUUUGGUGCUCUCAUUGCAGGGCCAGUAUCAGAGGUGCUAGGCCGGUCAGUUACAUACCUCUCGAACGUCUUCUCUAUGUGCAUCUGGAUCAUGGCCGCCGCCCUGGCCCCUAACUUUGGAGCUCAGAUGGUUUUCCGUUUCCUGGCAGGCCUCUCAGGCGCUUCUCCCCUUGUGUGUGCUGGUGGUACCAUUUCGGACAUGUUUACUCCUCUCGAAAAAACGUAUACUUUCGCGUUCUUCUCGCUUGGUGGCUUUGCAGGUCCUGCACUAGGUCCAGUAAUGUCCGCCUGGGUUCCUGAUUCGCCGUACCUUCACACGUGGCGAUGGUCUGAGUGGAUAGCUCUGCUCUUUUCCGGUGUGGUGUUUUUCUUGCUGCUAGCCUUUCAACCAGAGACUUUCGAGCCUGUUCUCCUGGAAUGGAAAGCAGAAAGCUUGCGCAAAUUGACCGGUAAUGACUCGUACCGCGCGCUCCACGAAGUUGAAGGUGUGUCCAUUGGCCAACGGCUACAAGUUGCCUUAGGAAGACCAUUCGUUCUCGCGUGGCAUGAACCAAUCAUCCAGGUGGCAACACUGUAUCUGACUGUCAAUUACAUCAUUCUCUUUACCUUCUUUGACGGCUACACCACCAUCUUCCAGGAUACAUAUGAUUUAUCAACUGGUAUGACUUACACCUUAUUUGUCGGUAUCGCAGUGGGCUUCAUCACCGCCGGGAUAUACAUGCCGUUGGUCUAUAGCAAAACAUGUAAAGCAGCUCGAGCUGCAGAGGCAGAAGGACGCAAGUCCUUUGAUCCAGAAGUCCGGUUGUGGUUCGGAAUGCUCGGCGCCCCGGCUGUGCCAAUCUCCUUGUUCUGGAUGGCGUGGACGGCGUAUCCGUCCAUCUCCAUCUGGUCUCCUCUGAUUGCCUCUGUGCUGUUCGGGCAUGGUUUCAUCACGAUUUUCAUAACGGUUUAUAUGUAUCUGAUCGACAGUUACCAAGCUUACGCAGCAUCCGGCCUUACUUUCAUUACUUUGGUGCGGUACGUUGCCUCCGGUGGUAUGGUUGUGGUGGGAAUUCCAUUCUACAACAACAUGGGCACGCACUGGACUAUUACUAUCCUCGCAUGCAUUAGUUUAUUGUUGACGCCGAUGCCCUACGUGUUUUACAAAUUCGGGCAUCGAAUCCGGAUGAGGAGUCCAUAUGCCUCAAACAAGAAGAUCUUGGCUUAA